AUGUCAUCAUGGCCCUCAGCCUAUGGGAGGGUCACAUUGUUGCUUUUGUUCUUGGUUGAGGCAUUGGUGUUUUGCUUUGCACGUUCCUGGGUGAUGUCUGUUCUCAUGUAUUGCACUGUCAGAGGUGAGAGACAGGAGGAGGUUGGCCACAGAUUCAUCAUGUUUGAACAUGAUGCAGAGAACAACUUUGUGCCUCCCCCUGAAUACACCAAUGAGAAGGUGAAGGUCCCCAAGACUGGCCAGCCCUGUGGGGCCAGUACUGGCCAGUAUCUAAAUAAUAAGGGACAUGCCCAUGGAAUGUGA